CGUGCUGGUUCCACUCGUACUCUCUCCUCCUCCCUUGGGUCCAUCGACAUCCUCUCUCGCCGCGAUACCUCUCUCUCCCUCAUUCAUAUCAUCAAUAGCACGUCUCACACGUCAAUCUAUGGCUGACGAAAACUACACGCCCAACACAGCAUAUGUUGCAGAGAAGCCCACCGUCGCCGUCCCUGCCUGCCGACCUCGCUCCCCUUUUUCUGCGAAUGUGUCAAGAACCAUGGAUGAUGGAGAAACGCUCUGUUUCAAUCCGAGCAUUUCCGAAGAGGAACUCACAGCUUACGCCUCUGCUCCUACUGUUCACACCCGAGCCCACAAGCUACAACUCGAAGACGACAACCAGUUAUCUAUCGCUGCCUCGCUCGACCUUCUUUUUCCGCAUCUGCCUGAAAUACCUGAUUGCUGUGAAGUCCCUGCUGAAUGUGGUCAAACGCUCGGCCCAAAUGAGUCUGUGCUCCUCAAUACACCGUCAUCACAAUACCACUCUCUUGAAGGUUGUCCUCCUCUCCAGCAAGACCACCGUCCCCCCUCUCUCUUCCGUCAAUAUUUGGUCUCUGAGCUGGAACUGACGCGCGUUCCGACUGGUAUCUCGCCAUCGCCCGGUCUGUCUCGGUCACUCGACUUUGACAGUUGCAGUCAAGAUACCUCCUCUCUCGACUUGGGGACAGGUCUUGGUCACGGACUCGCCUCGCCCUUCAAUCCUCAAGUGUCGGCGUUCGGUCCGCAAGAGCAUCACAUCCUCCACUCGCAUCCUCUGGAACUCGUCUCGCCGGUGAUAGCACCCUCACCUCGGGAGCAAUGCGAUGAAAUCAGCUACCCUCUCGGCCAACGCCGGAGUGAUGCCCUUGCUGCUUGGCGACCCGCCCAGCCAGCGCCGCUUCCCCAUCGGCUGACCUACGAAUCGGGACUGAGCUAUGCCGGGAGCCUUGAGCAGCCGUUUCCGUCCUCGGCGUCGAUCUGGAUCGUCGAACGCACGCCUGCGCAGAGUGUUGAGCCGUCGUUGGAUCCGGACGUAGUCGUCUCGGCGUCGUGCCCGGUCCUUCGAGAACGCAAGUGGAGCAUAGAAGAGCAGAUCACGAUUGAGGUUCUCCGGGCUAUGGAUAGACGGGAUCGAGGGUUCCAAACUUCCGGGCUGUUAUUGCCGUGUCUUUGCUCUUCUGAUAGCUGUCCGACCAUUUCGAGCCGUAGGAAGGGGAUUCUCUACAGACUGAUGGAUAAGUUUCGCAGGAGCAGCAGCCUCUCAGAUGGACGGGGAGUCGUCUAGAUGCCUAUGUAGGUCACAAAUCCAGAAUGAUGUAGUGGUAGAUGUACCAGGUCAUUUAUGACCAGUCUAGUGGUAUCUAGUCUAAGUGCUCAUGAUACAUAUAGCCCUUGUACGCG